UUCCAAAACUAAACAAAACAAAACCCCUUUCAAUUCCUGACUCAAAUUCUCACAUUUGCAACCCUCAUCUCUCAUUCUCUCUCUCUCUCUCUCUAUAAACAUCUGAAUCUAAUUCCUUACUUUCUCUCUCUAGACCGGUACAACAAACCAUGUCUUCCACCGUCCCAGCCGUCCUUCCCAUUUCUAACAGCACAACCACCGCCGCAUCCGGUGGCGCCGUCGCGGGAUCUGAAGCCCCUGCCUCUAACCCUGCCUUGCGUGCUUUAAUCAACAAUCUCUCUGAUUCGCUCCGCCACGGCCUGUCCCAGCGCCGCCCGUGGUCGGAGCUGGCGGACCGCACCGCCUUCUCCAAACCGGAAUCCUUCUCCGAAGCCACCCUCCGUGUCCGCAAGAACUUCUCCUACUUCCGCAUCAACUACUACGCCAUCGUUUCCGUGAUCCUUGCGGUGUCUCUUCUCACGAACCCGUUCUCUCUCAUCCUCCUCCUUGGAUUGUUGACUUCGUGGACCUUCCUCUACCUCUUCCGUCCCUCUGAUCAGCCACUUGUCCUUCUCGGACGCACCUUCUCUGACUUUGAAACACUCGCACUUCUCUCUGCCCUCACCGUCUUCGUCGUUUUCCUCACAAGCGUCGGCUCUGUCCUCGUCUCCGCCCUCAUGCUCGGCGUCGCCGUCGUCUGCCUCCACGGCGCUUUCCGCGUCCCUGAAGAUCUCUUCCUCGACGAACAGGAUAACUCCCAGGCCACCGGAUUCCUUUCCUUCCUCCGCACUCCUGCUGUCGCCGUUGCCUCCGCCGCCAUGCCCACUGUAACCACCCGCGUUUGAGGGGGAAUCGCUUCGAUCUGGUAACGGUAAUGGUGUCCUUCAUCUGAUCCGUUGAAUUUUGGUACUUGGAAGCGAAAUCAAUGGUUGAAUUCCUUGAUCUGUGUUACUAAAUUCGAUUAUACGUAGGGUGAAUAUGAAUCAUGAUGAUAUUUGUAUGGAUCUUUUUGUUUUUGUUUUUUUGUUUUUUUAUGUAGGAUCUGCAAAACUUGUUGAUGGAUCUAUCAAUUUUCUUUAAUCAAUUUUUUCGUUCUGUAAUUUGUUUCUUCAUUAACCUUUGUUCAUAUUCAUUAUACCCAUUAUCUAAAGU